CCCCAAAUUCCGAAAUCAGAUUCCGAAUUAGGGCAAAAGAUUGUAAACAAAAAUGUUCAUCGGAUCCUAACCAGAAAGGCUUAUCCGAAACCAGAGCGAUGGUGUGCAUUCGCAAGGCGACGAUCGAUGAUCUACUGGCAAUGCAGGCGUGCAAUCUGAUGUGUUUGCCGGAGAACUACCAGAUGAAGUACUACUUCUACCACAUCCUUUCAUGGCCGCAGCUACUUUAUGUGGCUGAGGACUACAACGGAAAAAUCGUAGGCUACGUGCUUGCGAAGAUGGACGAAGAGACCACCGAGUGCCAUGGUCACAUUACCUCCCUCGCGGUCCUUCGCACCCACAGAAAACUCGGCAUUGCCACCAAGCUUAUGACUGCUGCUCAGAACGCAAUGGAACAGGUAUUUGGAGCAGAGUAUGUAUCAUUGCAUGUUAGGAAAGGAAACAGGGCAGCAUUUAAGCUGUACACGGAGACAUUAGGGUACAAGAUUCAUGAUGUAGAAGCAAAAUACUAUGCAGAUGGUGAAGAUGCUUAUGAUAUGAGGAAAUCAUUGAAAGGUAAGAAGCACAAGAAUCAGCACCACCACCAUCAUGCCGGAGGGGGGUGUUGCUCUGGGGAAGUGAAAUCAGAUGGAAAGGAUGGUGUGACAGAAGGGAGUGAUCAUUGAUAGGAUAGGUGUAGCUUACCGCUUUUCAUUUUUCUCAGAUCCCAUCCUAUGUGUGUCUUUCAUAUAUAUACAAUACUCCAACCGUUCCUAAAAAUUCUUCCCAGUUUGACUUGGCACGCUUAUUAAGAAAGUGGAAUAAAGUGAAAAUGUAUGGUUGUGAUUGUGUAAGAAAAAUGUAAAAUGAAUGUGAGCCACACAAAUUGUCCAAAAUGGGAAAGUGGGAAGAAUUUUUGGGAACAACCCAAAAAGGAAAGUGGGAAUUAUUUUUGGGAACGGAGGGAGUAAUAAUAAGAAUUAAUUACAUAUUUAUGUGCCUGCCAGGCUGCCAGUAUGGCCACCCUACUUCAGCAGCUAUUUGUUUUGUUGAUUUACUGCCAUCCCCUUGUGGCAACAGAUGAACAUAUGAACUGAAUGUGAUAUACCCUAGCAAUUUCCUAAAAUUUAGCGAACCUUCCCCUAUCCCACC